AGCGAAGCGCACACAGACAUGUUUGAUUGCCGUGACAUGACGCGCGCGAGGGAGGAAGCUGCAGCAGCCGUGGCUGGGGCCGGGCCGCGGGCUCCGUUACCGGCCUAGGACUGCAACACCUCCGAGACUCGCUCCCUGCCGUCCUCCCUGCAGCCUCGUCUCCCUCCACGGGUCCCGUGCCUCGCCCCACCCCCGUCCCCUUUUUGUUCUGCGUCCCCCAGCAUCACUCUGCCUGGCUGGCGGGGACAGGAGGAAUAGAUGUCCACGCCCACAGACCCUGGCGCCAUGCCCCAUCCGGGGCCCUCACCGGGGCCUGGACCCUCCCCCGGACCAAUUCUUGGACCAAGUCCAGGACCAGGACCAUCCCCGGGUUCCGUCCACAGCAUGAUGGGACCAAGUCCCGGCCCUCCAAGCGUCUCACACCCGAUGCCAGCCUUGGGGUCAACAGACUUCCCUCAAGAAGGCAUGCAUCAGAUGCAUAAGCCCAUCGAGAGUAUGCAUGACAAAGGGAUUGUGGACGACAUGCACUGUGGAUCCAUGAAAGGCACCAGUAUGCGACCUCCCCAUCCGGGCAUGGGCCCUCCCCAGAGCCCCAUGGAUCAGCACAGUCAAGGUUACAUGUCACCGCACCCGUCUCCAAUGGGAGCCCCAGAACAUGUCUCCAGCCCCGUAUCUGGAGGAGGCCCGACACCACCGCAGAUGCCACCGGGCCAGCCAGGAUCCCUCAUUCAGGGAGAACCGCAGGCCAUGAGCCAGCCCAACAGAGGACCCUCGCCUUUCAGCCCCGUGCAGCUGCAUCAGCUGCGAGCUCAGAUUCUAGCAUACAAAAUGCUGGCCCGGGGCCAGCCCCUCCCCGAAACCCUGCAGCUUGCAGUCCAGGGGAAACGGACGUUGCCUGGCAUGCAACAACAGCAGCAACCACAGCAGCAGCAGCAGCAGCAGCAACAACAGCAGCAGCAGCAGCAACCAACACCACCGCAGCCACAGGCCCUGCUUCAGCCGGCGUCUCUACAGCAACCACACCCACCUCAGCAACAACAGCCACCGCCAUCGCAGUCACAGCAACCGCAGCAGCCGCUCACGUAUCCCAACAGAAUAGGUGGCCCAUCCCAGGACCUGAACAGUCUGGGCACCCCACAGAAGCUGCAGGCACUCAGCGGCCGGCCCUCUCCGGCACCUCCAGCGGCAGCACAGCCUCCGGCGGCUGCUGUGCCCGGGCCGUCGGUGCAGCCUCCAGCUCCGGGGCAGCCCUCACCUGUCCUGCAGCUGCAGCAGAAGCAGAGCCGCAUCAGCCCCAUCCAGAAGCCACAGGGUCUGGACCCCGUGGAGAUCCUGCAGGAGCGGGAAUACAGGCUUCAGGCCCGCAUAGCUCACAGGAUACAAGAACUGGAAAAUCUGCCUGGCUCUCUGCCACCAGAUUUACGAACCAAAGCUACCGUGGAAUUGAAAGCACUUCGGCUACUCAAUUUCCAGCGUCAGCUGCGACAGGAGGUGGUGGCCUGCAUGCGCAGGGACACGACCCUCGAGACGGCCCUCAACUCCAAAGCGUACAAGCGGAGCAAGCGGCAGACGCUGAGAGAGGCUCGCAUGACCGAGAAACUGGAAAAACAGCAGAAGAUCGAGCAGGAGAGGAAGCGCCGGCAGAAACACCAGGAAUACCUGAACAGCAUUUUGCAACAUGCGAAAGACUUUAAGGAAUACCACCGCUCCGUGGCUGGCAAGAUCCAGAAGCUGUCCAAAGCAGUGGCGACAUGGCAUGCCAACACGGAAAGGGAACAGAAGAAGGAGACGGAGCGCAUCGAGAAGGAGAGAAUGCGGAGACUGAUGGCUGAAGAUGAAGAAGGGUAUAGAAAACUGAUUGACCAGAAGAAGGACCGACGCUUGGCUUACCUCCUGCAGCAGACCGAUGAGUACGUGGCCAAUCUGACCAACCUGGUGUGGGAGCACAAGCAAGCUCAAGCAGCCAAAGAAAAGAAGAAGAGGAGGAGGAGGAAGAAGAAAGCUGAAGAGAAUGCAGAGGGAGGCGAGUCGGCCCUAGGACCAGACGGAGAGCCGAUAGAUGAGAGCAGUCAGAUGAGUGACCUCCCUGUUAAAGUGACACACACAGAAACCGGCAAGGUCCUGUUUGGACCAGAAGCACCCAAAGCAAGUCAGCUGGAUGCCUGGUUGGAAAUGAAUCCUGGCUACGAGGUGGCCCCAAGAUCGGACAGUGAAGAGAGUGAUUCCGAUUACGAGGAGGAGGAUGAGGAAGAAGAGUCCAGCAGACAGGAAACGGAAGAGAAAAUUCUUCUGGACCCCAACAGUGAGGAAGUCUCCGAGAAGGAUGCCAAACAGAUUAUUGAGACCGCGAAGCAAGACGUGGAUGAUGAAUACAGCAUGCAGUACAGCGCCCGAGGAUCCCAGUCGUACUACACUGUGGCUCACGCCAUCUCGGAGAGGGUGGAGAAGCAGUCGGCUCUGCUCAUUAACGGAACCCUAAAGCAUUACCAGCUGCAGGGCCUGGAAUGGAUGGUCUCCCUGUAUAAUAACAAUCUGAACGGAAUCUUAGCUGAUGAAAUGGGGCUAGGAAAGACCAUACAGACCAUUGCACUCAUCACGUAUCUGAUGGAGCACAAACGACUCAAUGGCCCCUAUCUCAUCAUCGUUCCUCUCUCGACUCUAUCUAACUGGACAUACGAAUUUGACAAAUGGGCUCCUUCUGUGGUGAAAAUUUCUUACAAGGGCACCCCUGCCAUGCGUCGCUCUCUUGUGCCCCAGCUGCGGAGUGGCAAAUUCAAUGUCCUCCUGACUACUUAUGAGUACAUUAUCAAAGACAAGCACAUUCUUGCCAAGAUUCGGUGGAAGUAUAUGAUCGUGGACGAAGGCCACCGAAUGAAGAACCACCACUGCAAGCUGACCCAGGUCUUGAACACGCACUACGUGGCCCCCAGAAGGAUCCUGUUGACCGGCACCCCCCUACAGAACAAGCUCCCCGAACUCUGGGCCCUCCUCAACUUCCUCCUCCCCACGAUUUUUAAGAGUUGCAGCACCUUCGAACAAUGGUUUAAUGCUCCGUUUGCCAUGACGGGUGAAAGGGUGGACCUGAAUGAAGAGGAGACCAUCUUGAUCAUUAGACGUCUACAUAAGGUGCUGAGGCCGUUCCUACUGAGGAGACUCAAGAAAGAAGUGGAAUCCCAGCUUCCAGAAAAAGUGGAGUACGUGAUCAAAUGUGACAUGUCGGCCCUGCAGAAGAUCCUCUACCGACACAUGCAAGCCAAGGGGAUCCUCCUCACAGACGGCUCGGAGAAAGAUAAGAAGGGGAAGGGAGGAGCCAAGACUCUGAUGAACACCAUUAUGCAGCUCAGAAAGAUCUGCAAUCACCCGUACAUGUUUCAGCAUAUUGAGGAAUCCUUUGCUGAACACCUGGGCUACUCCAACGGAGUCAUAAACGGGGCCGAGCUCUACCGGGCCUCAGGCAAGUUUGAGCUCCUCGAUCGCAUCCUGCCCAAACUGCGAGCGACCAAUCACCGGGUGCUGCUUUUCUGCCAGAUGACCUCGCUCAUGACCAUCAUGGAGGACUAUUUCGCCUUCCGCAACUUCCUUUACCUGCGCCUGGAUGGCACUACCAAGUCUGAAGAUCGUGCCGCGCUGCUGAAGAAAUUCAAUGAGCCUGGGUCCCAGUAUUUCAUCUUCUUGCUGAGCACCCGUGCAGGAGGCUUGGGUUUAAACCUGCAGGCAGCUGACACAGUGGUCAUCUUCGACAGUGACUGGAACCCUCACCAGGACCUGCAGGCACAGGACCGGGCCCACCGCAUUGGCCAGCAGAACGAGGUCCGGGUGCUGCGACUGUGUACCGUCAACAGCGUGGAAGAGAAGAUCCUGGCGGCGGCCAAGUACAAGCUCAAUGUCGACCAGAAGGUUAUUCAGGCGGGCAUGUUCGAUCAGAAGUCCUCCAGCCACGAGCGCAGGGCCUUCCUGCAGGCCAUCCUGGAGCACGAAGAGGAGAACGAGGAGGAAGAUGAAGUGCCAGACGAUGAGACUCUGAACCAGAUGAUCGCCCGGCGAGAGGAGGAAUUCGACCUUUUUAUGCGGAUGGACAUGGACCGGCGGAGGGAAGACGCUCGGAACCCGAAACGCAAACCCCGCUUGAUGGAGGAAGACGAGCUGCCCUCCUGGAUUAUAAAGGACGAUGCUGAAGUGGAAAGGCUCACGUGUGAAGAGGAAGAGGAGAAGAUAUUCGGCAGGGGCUCCCGCCAGCGCCGCGACGUGGACUACAGUGAUGCCCUCACGGAGAAGCAGUGGCUCAGGGCCAUUGAAGACGGCAAUUUGGAAGAAAUGGAAGAGGAAGUACGGCUGAAAAAGAGAAAGAGGCGAAGAAACGUGGACAAAGACCCCGCCAAGGAAGAUGUGGAAAAGGCGAAAAAGAGACGGGGCCGCCCCCCAGCGGAGAAGCUCUCGCCCAACCCCCCGAAACUGACCAGACAGAUGAACGCCAUCAUUGACACUGUCAUCAACUACAAGGACAGGUGUAACGCGGAGAAGGUGCCCGGUAAUUCUCAGUUGGAAAUAGAAGGAAGCAGGUCAGGAUCUGUCUUACAUCCCCAUGUCUCUAAACGCAGCUCCGGUCGGCAGCUCAGCGAAGUCUUCAUUCAAUUACCUUCAAGGAAAGAGUUGCCAGAAUACUAUGAAUUAAUUCGGAAACCAGUGGACUUCAAAAAAAUCAAGGAAAGAAUCCGUAACCAUAAAUACCGGAGCCUGGGCGACCUGGAGAAAGAUGUCAUGCUGCUGUGUCACAACGCUCAGACAUUCAACCUGGAGGGCUCUCAGAUCUACGAGGACUCCAUCGUCUUACAGUCCGUGUUCAAGAGCGCUCGGCAGAAAAUCGCCAAAGAGGAGGAGAGCGAGGAGGACAGCAAUGAGGAGGAGGAAGAGGAGGAUGAGGAAGAGUCUGAGUCAGAAGCGAAAUCGGUGAAGGUGAAAAUCAAGCUCAACAAGAAAGAUGAGAAAAGCCGAGACAAAGGAAAAGGCAAGAAAAGGCCAAAUCGAGGCAAAGCCAAACCCGUCGUGAGCGACUUUGACAGCGAAGAGGAGCUGGAUGACAAUGAACAGUCGGAAGCGAGUGGGACCGAUGAUGAAUGAACACUAUGGACCUGUUGCCUCACCC